GGCGAGGACGGAGCGAGCAGAUCUCGCGUGCUCUCGCCGCCCGGCGCAGCCCAGCCCGGCCCCCGCCUGGCGCCGCGAGCCGAGGUGUCUCCCGCGCCCGCGCCCGUGUCGCCGCCGUGCCCGCGAGCGGGAGCCGGAGUCGCCGCCGCCCGAGCGCAGCCGAGCGCACGCCGAGCCCGUCCGCCGCCGCCAUGGCCACCACGGUGACCUGCACCCGCUUCACCGACGAGUACCAGCUCUACGAGGAUAUUGGCAAGGGGGCUUUCUCUGUGGUCCGACGCUGUGUCAAGCUCUGCACCGGCCAUGAGUAUGCAGCCAAGAUCAUCAACACCAAGAAGCUGUCAGCCAGAGAUCACCAGAAGCUGGAGAGAGAGGCUCGGAUCUGCCGCCUUCUGAAGCAUUCCAACAUCGUGCGUCUCCACGACAGCAUCUCCGAGGAGGGCUUCCACUACCUGGUCUUCGAUCUGGUCACUGGUGGGGAGCUCUUUGAAGACAUUGUGGCGAGAGAGUACUACAGCGAGGCUGAUGCCAGUCACUGCAUCCAGCAGAUCCUGGAGGCUGUUCUCCAUUGUCACCAAAUGGGGGUCGUCCACAGAGACCUCAAGCCGGAGAACCUGCUCCUGGCCAGCAAGUGCAAAGGGGCUGCAGUGAAGCUGGCAGACUUCGGCCUGGCUAUCGAGGUGCAGGGGGACCAGCAGGCAUGGUUUGGGUUCGCUGGCACACCAGGCUACCUGUCCCCUGAGGUCCUUCGUAAAGAGGCGUAUGGCAAGCCUGUGGACAUUUGGGCAUGUGGGGUGAUCCUGUACAUCCUGCUCGUGGGCUACCCACCCUUCUGGGACGAGGACCAGCACAAGCUGUACCAGCAGAUCAAGGCUGGUGCCUAUGACUUCCCGUCCCCUGAGUGGGACACCGUCACUCCUGAAGCCAAAAACCUCAUCAACCAGAUGCUGACCAUCAACCCUGCCAAGCGCAUCACAGCCCAUGAGGCCCUGAAGCACCCGUGGGUCUGCCAACGCUCCACGGUAGCAUCCAUGAUGCACAGACAGGAGACUGUGGAGUGUCUGAAAAAGUUCAAUGCCAGAAGAAAGCUCAAGGGAGCCAUCCUCACCACCAUGCUGGCCACACGGAAUUUCUCAGUGGGCAGACAGACCACCGCUCCGGCCACAAUGUCCACCGCGGCCUCCGGCACCACCAUGGGGCUGGUGGAACAAGCCAAGAGUUUACUCAACAAGAAAGCAGAUGGAGUCAAGCCCCAGACGAAUAGCACCAAAAACAGUGCAGCCGCCACCAGCCCCAAAGGGACUCUUCCUCCUGCCGCCCUGGAGCCUCAAACCACCGUCAUCCAUAACCCAGUGGACGGGAUUAAGGAGUCUUCUGACAGUGCCAACACCACCAUAGAGGAUGAAGACGCUAAAGCCCGGAAGCAGGAGAUCAUUAAGACCACGGAGCAGCUCAUCGAGGCCGUCAACAACGGUGACUUUGAGGCCUACGCGAAAAUCUGUGACCCAGGGCUGACCUCGUUUGAGCCUGAAGCACUGGGCAACCUGGUUGAAGGGAUGGACUUCCACAGAUUCUACUUCGAGAACCUGCUGGCCAAGAACAGCAAGCCGAUCCACACGACCAUCCUGAACCCGCACGUGCACGUCAUCGGAGAGGACGCCGCCUGCAUCGCUUACAUCCGGCUCACGCAGUACAUUGACGGGCAGGGCCGGCCCCGCACCAGCCAGUCUGAGGAGACCCGGGUGUGGCACCGCCGUGACGGCAAGUGGCAGAACGUGCACUUCCACUGCUCGGGCGCGCCUGUGGCCCCGCUGCAGUGAAGCCAAGGGAGGGGCACAGAAUGGGGAACAGGACACAGGAUCCUAAACUCCAAGGGGACUGUCCACCGAUGAACACUCAGAGUGGACACCAUCUUCCGUCCACGCUGUGCCCAGGACAGCUGUCCCCAUCCAUGAACACAGGGUAAACAUCUGCCGGGCUCCGCACCAGUGGCUCCCUGGGCCAUGGGACAGCGGCAGGGCUCACCACGGACAGCGCGUGGCCCAGCGGCCGGCCACCCUGGCGUCCUGGGGCCUCCUCCCCUCCUCUCCCUCUCACCUUGUCACCUCCACGGAGCUGCCUGUCUGGGAUAAUUUGGGGAUUUUUUUUCUGGGGGAUAAUUCUUUUGCAUGACCCCUAAAGAGCAAGCCACACCGCUCUGCUAGCUAGGUGUCCGCGGUGUGGUGGCGGCGGCCGCUGGCCAGCGCUGCAAGGGGUCGGCUGCCCACGGUGCUGGCUGGCCUCCCCUCCUCUCUUUUUGCUGAGUUUCAUUGUCUUUUCUUUCUGAGCCUUGUAAGUGUACAAAAAUUAUUCUUAUUUUGUUCUGUCUCGGGAAACUGCAAAUAAAAGAAAAACAGGACAAACUG